AUGUAUCGACAGAUACAAAUUCACCCAGAUGACAGACGAUUUCAAAAUAUAUGGUGGCGCGAACAUUCUAACGAAAAAUUGCGGUUGUUACAACUUAGUACAGUAACUUAUGGUACUAGGACCGCACCGUACCUGGCUACAAAAUGUCCACAGACACUGGCCAUAAACAACAAAUCUAAAUAUCCUCUCGGAGCAGCAGCACUCGAAACAGACUUUUAUGUCGACGAUGGUUUAUGCGGCGCCAACACGAUAACGGAAGCAGUUGAAAUUAAAAAUCAACUGAUCAACAUACAAACAUACAAAGUACGAAAGUGGUCAGCCAAUCACCAACAAUUGCUUCAUGGCAUAUCACCAGAAGAUCAAGAAGUGGAUUUAAAUCUGUUAGAUGAAGAACAUACAUCAGUUAAAACAUUAGGUAUUAUAUGGCUGCCGAAAUCGGAUCAUUUUCGAAUCAAGGUGAAUACAGAGACAGAGAACAAGGUCACUAAGCGAAUAAUCUGUUCUGAGUUAGCCCGAAUUUUUGAUCCUGUAGGGCUCGUCAACCCCGUGACGGUACAAGCAAAAAUGUUCGUUCAACGAUUAUGGCAGCUUCAGCUCGACUGGGAUGAAACACUACCAGAAGAAAUGCACCCCAAGUGGGACAGAUUUCGAUCUAAGUUAAAAGAACUUCAACAUAUACAGAUUCCACGUCAUGUCAACAACCAAUCCGAAAAAAAAAAUCCGAAAACAACACAACUGCAUGUUUUUUGUGAUGCUUCUCAAGGAGUGUAUGGUGUAGCAGUUUAUAUAAGAUCCUCAUUUCCAGAUGGAACAAUCGGUGUGCAGCUACUGGCUUCCAAAUCAAGAGUCGCACCAUUAAAAACUCAAUUAAUUCCACGUUUGGAGUUAUGCGCAACAUUACUAGGUGCAAAUUUUCCUACACGUAUUAAAACUGAUCUUCAUCUCGAGCAAAGCAAAAUGUUUCUAUGGAGUGACUCCGAAAUCACGCUUUAUUGGAUAAAUUCCGAACCUUCUAAAUACCAAGUGUUUGUGGCAAAUCGCAUAGUCAAAAUACAGGAACUCACAUUGUCUGAACAGUGGCGACACGUUAGUUCAAAGCUUAAUCCAGCAGAUAUGCUAUCUCGUGGUGUAAAUCCGCAAGAUCUUGAACUGGAGACCGUUGUGAUUCAAAUCGAAGCAAUACUCAAUUCCAGGCCAAUAACACCACAAUCUUCAGAUCUAAAUGAUCUAAUUGCACUUACGCCAGGUCAUUUUUUGAUCGGUGAACCGUUAACAGCAAUGCAAGAAACCUCCAGUGUAUCAUCGGGUUCAUUGCCAUCACGUUGGAAGGCAAGCGCACAAAUUCAACAAACUUUUGGUCAAGAUGGUCAAAGGAAUAUCUAA